AUGGUCAUCAAGAAGACCCGCGGAGCUACCAAGAAGCUUGGUCCGAUCAGCCUGGGACAUAAGACCAUCCGCUUCCAGACUCGUGGUAACGACAAACGAACCUUCUCCGUCCAUGAAGACCUCAUAUGCGCCCACUCCCUCGUCUUCAAGGAGAAGCUCCAGAAGGUACGCAAAACCCUGGAAGGUGAAUGCUCGAUCUGCCAUGAAGAGCUCGAUCCAUGCAAAGGCGACAUCGCGUUCUGCAAAGGCUCUUGUGGUCAGAACAUCCACGAGAAGUGCAUUCAGCAGUGGACUCGUACUCAGCGAGCAGGCUCAACUACCUGCCGGAUGUGUCGCAAGCCAUGGGUGAUGGGGGCCGAAGACUUGAUCACUUUGGACUCGGAACUCGAUCCAGACGCCGUCCAGAUCUACCUGGAUUGGCUUUAUACUGGGCAACUACAUAUCAGCGAAGCCAUCACCCGCGAGUCAAACGAGUUCAACAUCCAACUUCUGAAGGCGUGGAUUGUCUCUGAAGCUUUUGGUGAUCGAGCCUUCAGAAAAGAUAUCAUCGUACAACACUACGCGGCGAUAGAUGAAGACGACAACUGGGAGUUUGCGUUCGAGGAUAACAAUCACGACUACACGCAAUCCUUCGUCGUUGACUCAGUCCAUGCUCAUGCCGACUGGGAUGCCAUCGAUGACGACAUAGAUAACUACCCAGACGAGUUCGUGCGCAAACUAUGCCUCGCUGGGAUACAGUUCAAGCAGAAUCAAGGGACAACAGCCAAGGAUGACAUGCGGGAGAAUUGGGAAUAG